AUUUAAUUAUUGUUAGGCGUCCAUUCAAAAUGGGUAGCAAUUGGGACGAUUUUGAGAAAACACUUCGAAAAUACCUAUCAAACAGUGAUGAACAAAUCGCUGAAAUAUUGAAGAGAAAAUUUUUUCAGACUAGCUGUGAAUUUCAAAGAUCAGAAACAUGUAAAACACUAUUAGAUAAAUGUAUCACGGGGAUUGUUUCAAAUCCAGACAGACUCUAUGUCCUAUUGAAUGACUUGAAGACCACUUUAAGAUUACAUGUACAGAAAGUUGAUAAAAAGCAUCAUUUAGGAGGUAUUACUACUAAACGUCGUUUAGACAUCAAAACACUUUCUCAUGAAACUUCGCAUACCAAAUCACAAGAUUCUUUAAAUAAUGGAGUUGAUCAAACUUCAUCAAAGCCUUCGUCUUUAGCUUCAGAUGAUGAUGAUGAUGAUGAUGUGAUUAUCGUUGAUUCACCAGAUACUCAAGGUUCAGGCGUUGUACAGUCAGCAUCAAACGUUGAUGAUUCCCAGCAAAAUCCAGCCACUUCUUCAGCAGCAGCAGAAGAAGAAGAAAAAUUAAAGUCCACUGAUGAAAGUGAUACGCAUAGUACUGAUAUUCAAAGCGAACGCAGACAAAAAUUGAUAGCUCGUCUAGAAGUUCUUCUUGUACGUCUCUCUCAGGCUAUACGAGAGUUAGAAGAAAAAGAAUUAGAUCUUGAUGAAUUAGAUUCAUCUGAUUCCCCCUAUCUGAAGUUAGAUACUUUGAAACGUCAAUAUCUAAAAGCUUGGCGUCGACUUUGUGAAAUACGUAAUGUUGCUCGAAUAUCUGGCAGGAUAUUACGUCAAAGAUUUACUUAUAAUGGUUGUCAGUAUUCAAAAGUGAAUGAAAUGAUUGAAGACCUAGUCAAUAAGAAAAAAUUAUUUCCUGAUUGCACUGAUAUUUAUCGAAUAGUUGCUACUGUAAAUAAAAAGGAGAAUUUAAAUUUGACCGGAUCAACUGUAAAAUCUAUGGCACGUGAAAUUUUUCUCGAUGUUGGACAUUUAUUAAAACAACGACGUCAAGAUGACUUGAGACAUGAUUUCGGUUGUCAUUUAACUGAUGAUUUAUGUGAAGACGAUGAUCCAACGUAUUCAGAUCGAGAUUUACGCAGAAGGCUAAAUGAAAAUAAACGCCUUGGUGAUAACAAUUUAAACAAGGUAUUCAAACACUUCAUUGAUCUGCAACACACUAGUCAGUCCGCUCAACCAACAACAUCCCAGGAUUCUGAUGACAAACCUGAAACUAUGAAUACUGUUGACCAACAGAUCAAUACAACUGAUCCUAUUUCUGUUGCAUCAACCUCCCAACAGGAAACUUGUCCCUUAGAAAAAACAACUAAUGACGCAAAAGAUCAUAUAGCUGAGAAUUCUUCAGAUACAUCUGAUGAAGUGCUGACUUUGAGUUCAGAUUCUGAGGAAGAGGAGGAGGAGGAUAAAGAUGAUAAUAAGGAUGAUGGUGAUGUGAAAAAAUCCCAUAAUUCUUCUGGAUUGGUUAAUCCUCCCUCUUCUUCUUCUUCUUCUUGUACUACUUCUUCAGUUCCAGUCUGUGAUACAAACAUUUCCUCGACCAAUAAUGAAUCACAAUUAUCACCGCCUACACUUGAUCAUCCAAUUGAUUCUAUUGAUAGAAGAAAUUCUAUUGUAGACUCUUCAACAGUUGAUUCUCCGACAACAAUUAAUCUAGUUGAUGAUGAUACUUCUUGUUCUUCUUCGCCAACAUCAUCUUAUUCAAUUUCAGAACCUCCAAAAAAACUGCCUAAAUCACAAGGCUCCUUCCCUGUGCAUACUUCACCCUUUAUGUCAAAUAAUAAUAGUAAUAGUAAUAAUAGUAGUAACAAUAAUAGAUUUACUUUUUCAACACCAAUUGCUCAAGAAACAAGACAAUCUAGUCAAAUUUUAACUGUUGCUACACGAUUUGGUCCGCAUGGAUUUGAAACAAUGCGUCAUAUGGCUAGUGCACAUAUUGUACAUCGUUAUCCUGUUACAGCAACAUUACUAACAAGUAGAACAUCAUCUAGUCAACAUUUCACCAAUGGUAGAGCAUACAAUUAUCAAACAUCAGUAGUAGUAACCCGUGAUAACUUUCAUUCACCGCCGCGUUUCACACAUGCUACACCCUUCAGUAGUAAUUAUCGUCAUCCAACUGUCGUAAAAUCUUCAUCUUUAUCCAAUUCAGUUUCAAGGACACAACAGAUAGCAUCGGUGAACUUGCCUACUAGUAGUACACCGACUCCUAUUCCUAAUCCCACUCCGGCUAUUUAUGAAAAUGAAACUAUCGAAAUUGACUAAUUCUCACUGUGUUUUUUUUGUAUUUUCAAAUUAAUUUUUGCAGUGAAUAAGAUUCCCUAUUAUAUUUUUUCUCUUUUUCUUCCACUUGACUACAAUGGUUAAGACAUUGUGAGUAUUAUUUGCUUGUGUGUGUGUGUGCGCGUGUGUGUGUAUAUGUGUUACAGUGUGCUUUAGUUAGCUGGGGUUAUUAUAUCCGUUUCACCUGGCAGAGUAGUAUUGUUUCAUACAUAAGAGUCGUGUAAUUUUAUUGUUAUUAUUACUAUUUGUUUAUUUAUU